UUCAUUCACGCACAGAUAGAAUCCUGGUUGAAUAUAAUGGUAAGGUUGUUCCCAGAAGUGGUCAGCGUCAAACAUUACGGAAGGUCGUAUGAAAACCGGACACUGACCUACGCUAAGAUUGGUCUCGGUAAUUGGAAUAAACCGAUAAUAUUCAUCGAAUCCGGUGUGCAUGCCAGAGAGUGGGGCUCGGUCACAUCGGCACUGCACAUCAUCAAAAAACUUUUAAUCGGUUACCGAAAGAAUGAAGAAAGGCUGGUACAUCUCUUGAGGAGAUUCGAUUUCUACGUCAUCCCGGUUUGCAACCCGGACGGAUACGAUUACACGUUCGGACCGGAUUUUUUGCAUCGAGUAUGGAGGAAAACUCGGAGUAAAACGACCGCUGAAAAUUGUGUCGGUGUCGAUAUGAACAGAAAUUUCUACCGGGCCAAAGGCGACAAACACGGGGUGUAUUCAAUGAACCAAUGUAUGGAGGACUACCCUGGAAAGAGACCAGCCAGUGAAGUUGAAACCACACAUCUCAUAAGGUUACUGAACUCUAUACGUCACAGGGUCAAAGGUUAUUACUCCGUGCAUACCUUCGGCCAGCUGUGGUUUAUUCCAUAUGCGUACAGUAAUAACCUUUAUCCGGUUUUUGAAGAUAUGGUUAGUCGGUUGGUUGGUUGGUUGUUUAGAUGGAUGGUUGGUUGCUUGCUUGCUUAG